CUGUGGAGUGUGGAGGGUGGACCUCUCUCUGCUUUCUCUGUGACACUCUCAAAGAAUCUUUUGAUACUUGAAAGCAGUCACAAGCUCUCAACUCAUCUUCAGUGGAUUUCACUGAUAAGAUUGCAUUCUCUGAUCUAUCUACCCUUCCUGUUCUUAUUCUUUUCUAUCUUUUUCAUUUUUUCCCCUAAUUUUGAUUUGUUGAGUUACGUUUCAGAUUCCAAAAUCAGGAUGAAAUGCUAUAGAUCCCCUUUUCCUAGCCGUCUUUUCUGAAAGGGAAGCAUUUGGUUUUUGAGCUCUGUGCCAUUAAAGACUGGUUCUUGUGGUGGAAUAAUAAAGACCCACUUCCCAGAAAAGUGGAAACGGAGAUUUUAUUAUGAGCAAUGUUUUAUUUUCCCCUUUUUUUCUCCUUUUCCUCUAAAUCUCUAAUUCAAUUGUUUCAAUAUCUUUUUAGUGAAGAAGAAAAUCACAAUCUUUAUGUAUAUAAGUUGAAUUUAGUCUUUAUGAGCUCCCAAACGAAAAAAGUUACUGUGAAGCUGCUCAUUGUAGACUUUUCAAUGCCCUCUCUCACCAGUAACCACAAUAAAAAGGAGUAAAGGACCCUUUGCUUCUUGGGUUUCAAACAGCUGGGCUAUAGCUGUUAAGAACGAAUGAUAAGAAGCAAUCUCAAAGGAGUGAACCAUUUGUACGGAUUCCUUUCCUGUUCAUUCAAGACUACCUUUCAUUAUUUUUUUGUAAAAAUCUGCUUUUGUGGUUUCUGUUACUCUCCAAAACAAUGGAGGAGUUUCAAAGAACCAGAGUCACCUACUCACCUUUUUCUCUGCUUUCCGUUGUUCUUGCUCCUACUCUUUACUCUGAAGCUAGUUAAAUGGUGGUCUUGGUUUUCAUAGUUCCAAAACCUGGAAUGCUUGGCAUAAAUCUGUUGGGGUUACUUGUUUCAUGAUUUCGAACUGCCCCACCACCUUGUCCACAAACCUAAGAUAGAAAGCUGUCAUCUGGUCAUUCCUUUAUCUGAUAUUUUCUCUCUUACAAACCCAAGAUAAUUAUUAUUUCUGAGUUCUCUUUUUUGUGGGUUGAGAAUCAAAGAAAAGCCAGAAACCCACUACAAAAACCCGCCUUUAUUACUUGCUUGAGUUUGGGGGAGCUUGUGUCUUCUACUCUUCUUUCAGUGAGACUUCAAGGUUAUGUGCUGGGCGAUGGCAACUGGGCUCCAAAACCAGGAGGGAGUACCAGAAAAUCACUUGAGAAAACAGCUAGCUUUUGCUGUUAGGAGCAUUCAAUGGAGCUAUGCGAUCUUCUGGUCUAUCUCAACUGAAGGGGUGUUGGAAUGGAGAGAUGGGUACUACAAUGGAGACAUAAAGACCAGGAAAACAUUGCAACCCAUGGAGUUAAAUGCUGACCAAAUGGGACUGCAAAGGAGUGAGCAGUUAAGAGAGCUGUAUGAGUCACUAUCAGCAGCUGACACCAACACACAAGCUCGGAGGCCUUCAGCAGCAUUGUCUCCUGAAGAUCUCACUGAUGCAGAGUGGUUUUACUUGGUUUGCAUGUCCUUUCAGUUCAACUGUGGACAAGGGUUGCCUGGAAGAGCAUUCGAAAAUGAUCAAACCAUCUGGUUGUGCAGGGCUCCUGAUGCAGAUAGCAAAGUAUUUACACGCUCUCUGCUAGCAAAGAGUGCAGCUAUCCAGACUGUGGUAUGCUUUCCAUUUCUAGGCGGUGUGAUCGAGCUGGGGGUAACUGAUCUGGUUUCAGAAGACCCCAACCUCAUUCAACAAGUUAAGACUUGCUGCUUGGAGUUCCCAAGGCCUAAUUGCAUUGAACAAUCAGCUUUCAGCCCUCAAAAUGCAGACGAUGAGGAGGACCCUCCAUAUGCCAAGAUUGGCCAUGGGAAAACUGAUACAAUGGCUUUGGAUCCAGAAAUCCAAUUUGAGGCAAAACAAGAGACUGCAACCCCUGCAUUAAUAACAUCUUACAUUCCUCAAGAAGAAAUUGAGUUCAAUAAAGGUGGGAUUGAGAAUUUUCAUGCAAAUAUCUGUGAAGACUCCCCCUAUGACAGCUCAAACGGGUGCGGGGCACAUCAGCACACUGAAGAUUCUUUCAUGCUGGAAGGUGUAAAUGGUAGGGCUUCACAAGUCCAGGGCUGGCAGUUCUUGGAUGAUGAGUUCAGUAAUUGCAUGCUUGGUUCAAUGAAUUCUUGUGACUCUAUAUCCCACACACUUGCAAAUCCUCCGAAUGUAAUUCCUUCUCCGAAGGGUGAAAAAAUAAACUACUUUCGUCUUCAAGAACUUCAAGAAUGCAAUGACACUAAGCUAAGCUCAUUGGACCUCAGAACUGAUGACUUGCGUUACUCAAGGACUCUUUCUUCCAUUUUUAAGAACUCACACAGUUUGAUUGCAGCACCAUGCGUUCGCAGUGGUAACCACAAAUCCAGCUUUACAAAUUGGAGAGAAGGAUUGGUCAAUUGUCUGAAAACACAGAUUGACACACCACAGAAAAUAUUAAAGAAGAUGUUGUUUGACGUAGGUUGGAUGCACAGUAGUAACUUGAUUAAAUCAGUACAAAUAGAUGGCAAGGAUAGAAUCCAGGAACCAGAAUGGGAUGAUGUUGGUGGGAACCAUGUAUUGUCAGAGAGAAGAAGAAGGGGGAAACUGAAGGAAAAAUUUCAUAUCCUGAAGUCCCUAGUUCCUUCUGUUGGAAAGGUUGACAAAGCAUCUAUCCUUGGUGAUACAAUAGAUUACCUGAAAGAGCUUGAGAGAAGGGUGGAAGAGUUGGAAUCAUGCAGGGAAUUGGCAGAGUAUGAAGCAAGAGAAAGAAGGAAGCACCCAGAUAUAGCAGAGAGGACAUCAGACAACUAUGUCCAUAGAGACAUUGCAAAUGAAAGGAAGACCGCAAUUAACAAGAGGAAGGCUUCUGACAUUGAUGAAACAGAAGUGGAACUUGAUUGGGCUUCAUCAAAAGAUGGUUUGGCAGCCAAUCUCACUGUUGUUAUGAAUGAGAAAGAAGUUCUGAUUGACAUAAGGUGUUCUUGGAGGGAGUCUUUGUUGCUCCACAUUAUAGAUGCCAUAAGCAAUCUCAAUUUAGAUGUUCAGAUGGUUCAAUCUUCCACUGUCGAUGGCAUUCUUAUACUGUCCAUCAAAUCUGAGUUUAGGGGAGUUGCCGUCGCUUCUGCCGGAAUGAUCAAGCAAUCACUACAGAGAGUCAUUGGUAAGCAUUGAACAUUGUGACCUUUAGGAGGCUAAAACUGAUGGGAGAUACUUGCAGAGAUGUCAUUAAUUGGUUUGUUGAUUAUUAUGUAAUUAGAGUUUAGUAGUGGGGGUAGGGUGCUAUAACUUGGCUUGGACUGCCUCAAAGCUCCAGCACUUGGUGUUAUUGGCACUGUAUUCAGGCUAUCUAUGUGAUACAAGAUAGAAGAUUAAAGCUGA